UCCACGUCUCACCACAUCCUCUUCUUCUCUGGACUGAAAAGCAGAAGAAUGGCGAUUAAUGCUCAAACACUUCUCUCUUUCGUUGUUUUUAUUUCCGUACAAACUGUGGUGUGUUUGGCAAAUGGAGGUAAUGCUGUUGUUGUUGUUGGGACAUUGGGCGCCACUGUCCAACUGCCCUCUCCUCGGGGUCUCUCCCCAGAGAUCGACAGUGUUAAGUGGACCCACAAGUCCACAGCCCAGAAAUUAGCGGAAUAUCACAAAGGGAAGACUGAGUACUACGGCACUGAAGAGAUGAGGAAACGCGUAACUGUUCACAGAGAGAAUCUCACUCUACAGAUCAGUGACCUGAGGCGCACAGACACCGGAGAUUAUAGGAUAGUCACAGACCUUCAAGACGGGAAAUCAUAUGAAAUCCUCUACAAUCUCACAGUCUAUGAACGAGUGUCUGGAGUUGAAAUCACGUCCUCUCUCACUAAAGGACAGUGCAAUGGGACUCUGACGUGUGAUGUGAAGUCUGGUAAACCAGUUCGCUUUGUGUGGGAGAGAGAUACGGUUAAUUUGUCCAUUUCCCAACCCAGUGACCGCGCGUCACUCUCUGUAACUCUCUCCUCAAACCACAGUUACACUGUGUUCAAGUGUAAAGCUUCAAACCCAGUGAGUGACGAUUCUACAGAGAUUUCCUUCCAACCCCGAGAUUACUGUGUCACGUCUCCUGAUGCACGAACCCUUCGGGCACACAGUGCACUUAUUGCUGUGGGCGUCUCAGUCCCAAUCACCGUAUUGGCUGUGAUUAUUAUUAUAGGUUUCAAAAUCUCUAAAAAGAAAAGAAGAAAUGCCGCAG